AUGCCCCACACGGACGCGACCGUGCCGCAGAGCACGAAGAUGCACUCCAAAGUGGUACGUGAUCAUAGGCUCGGCCCUGCGGGGCACACGGCCGCCAUCUACCUCGCGCGCGCGAACCUCAACCCGGUCCUCUUCGAGGGCUUCAUGGCUAACGGCUUCGCCGCCGGCGGGCAGCUCACGACCACGACCGACGUCGAGAACUUCCCCGGAUUCCCGUCCGGGAUCCUCGGGCCCGAGCUCAUGGACAAGUUCCGCGCGCAGUCGCUCCGGUUCGGGACGCGGAUCAUCACCGAGACGGUCUCGCGCGUGGACCUCUCCGCGCGCCCGUUCCGGUACUGGCGCGAGUACCAGGAGGACGCGGAGCCGGAGACGGCGGACGCGCUCAUCAUCGCGACCGGCGCGUCCGCGAAGCGGCUCCACCUCCGGGGCGAGGAGGCGUACUGGCAGAGCGGGAUCUCGGCCUGCGCGGUGUGCGACGGCGCGGUGCCCAUCUUCCGCAACCGGCCGCUCGCGGUCAUCGGCGGCGGCGACUCCGCCGCGGAGGAGGCGACGUACCUGACGAAGUACGGCUCGCACGUGUACGUGCUCGUGCGGCGCGGGGAGCUGCGCGCGUCCAAGAUCAUGGCGAAGCGGCUCAUGUCCCACCCGAAGAUCACCGUGCUCUGGAACACGGUCGCGGUGGAGUGCCAGGGCGACGGGGACCUGCUGAACAACCUCCGGGUGCGGAACGUGCAGACGGGGGAGGAGAAGGACCUCGCCGUGAGCGGCCUCUUCUACGCGAUCGGGCACGAGCCCGCGACGCAGCUCGUCCGCGGGCAGCUCCAGACGGACCCGGACGGGUACAUCGUGACCGUGCCGGGGACGACGCAGACGAGCGUCCGGGGCGUGUUCGCGGCGGGGGACGUGCAGGACAAGCGGUACCGGCAGGCGAUCACGAGCGCGGGAAGCGGGUGCAUGGCCGCGCUGGAGGCGGAGCGGAUGAUCGCGGAGGAGGAGGAGGGCAUCGAGGAGUGA